UUUACAUUAGUGAUAUUACUCAUAAAAUAACAAAAACAAAAAGUUUCCAUGUUUCGCAUACAAAAACUAUUGAUUGAAGAAUACAGGGAAAUAUACGAACCCAUCAUUGUAGAGAAUCCUUUUACACAAGUUAACGAGCGGGGAAUUGGAUUGAGGCAAUAUCAUAUUGGUUUGACACGCUCAAAUAUAUUUUUCGGUUGUGAUGACUUUGACAACACCAACUUGGGAAAUAUCCGUGGCAAUGGCGUAGAUCCUGAAAUCGAGACUUUUGAUUUGGUCAGCAUGCUGCCGUUGCAGUUCAUAAAGUUGAAUUUCUUUCGAAAACGUGGACGUGACAUAAUGCGCAUUAUCAUUUGUGGGGAGGAGGAUAGGCCAAUGUUCUUCGAAUUUGGUGGACAUUUCUACAAAAGGCUUUUUUGGAAAACAUGGCGUGAACGUAUCUCUUCUAUACGACUUCUUCAUCCCAAUCUUAUGCAUAUAAAUGGAUCCUCACCUUUCUCCAGUACCGAUGUUCUAGCUGAGGAUGAAAUAUGCCAAGCUCUUGUGCAUCGUGAACCAUCCAUGUAUUCCUAUGGAAAUUGUUCCUUAAGUCCUUAUAUCAAUAGUGAAUAA